CAGAAGACAGUAGCGGAUAAAUGUGCAAUGGACUUUGCAUAAUAAGAACUUGCAGAGGCCUGAUAACAUCUUCUGUUGACAGCCGAGGCGUGGGUCGAGAAGAAGUGAUGUCUUCUACUCUUGUUGAGACAGUCUCUAUCAACUAUGAGGAUUUCAAUGAGUCAUUCCUCACCUGUGGCACAUGCCUUUGUUCCUUCGAUGGAGGAGAACACACCCCAAAGCUGCUUCACUGCUCGCACACAGUGUCCCUUUAUAUAAUCUCCCAUCAGGGAAGUGCAGCAAGUUACCAACAUACUGUUAUUCCACUUUCUAUUGCCAUCAAAAGAAUGUCGGAGAUCCCUGUUUUCAAAGCAAUGAAUUUAUUCAAGUUAAAUGAAGCCAGUGAUGCAGUGACAUCAGAGAUGCACCAGCUAGAUCAUGCUGUUGACAACACCUUUGAAGAUGUCAACAGAGCUUUCCAGGCCAUUAUUGACAUUAUAGAACAGCGGAGAGAUGCUGUUAUCAGCAAUGUUAAAAAGAUGAGGGAUGAGAAAAAGAAAGUUUUACAAGACCAACUUGACAUCAUUGAAAGUGAAAGACGCAAAGUCCAGCAAGAAUGUGAAGGCCUUCAAUACCAAGUUGAAGUUCGGAAUAUAACAAAAAAGAUUGCACAUUUGAAUACAAAAAUAGACUCGCUCUCAACACUCGUUGAGCCACGAGAGAAUGCCUUUCUUCGUUUUGAAAGUCAGCACAAUGAGGCAUUUGAGCACAUCCAGACCACCAUAGAAGACUAUGGCAGGGUGAUGACCAGCAAGACAUUCCCAAGCUUGUGUUUCAUGAAGGCAAAGAAAGCUAUGACUCACCUAAGGAGUGAGGUAGUGGUCUACACUGUGGACUAUGAUGGAGAAAGCCAGACAACUGGAGGUGAUCCAUUGGAGUCGGAGGUCAAGUCGGAAGGUGGAGAUCUGAUUGACAGCCAGAUUGAAGAUAAUGAAGAUGGCACAUAUUCUGUCUUUUUCACUCCAGAAAAUGGAGGGAACCAUAGUGUGGCAGUGAAGAUAUUUGGCAGGCCUAUAAAGGAGAGCCCUCUCAUUGUUGAGGUUUUAGAUGAACACAAUCCAGAUAUAGUUUAUGGGUCACGUGGCUCUGGGAAAGACCAGUUUCUGCAGCCUGUGGGAAUCUGCAUUGAUGACAAUGAAUAUAUGUAUGUAGCAGAUACAGGAAAUUCUAGAAUCAAGGUUUUGAGUCCACAGCUGAAGGAAGUGCAGCAUAUCGUAGGGGAUGCCUUAGAAGGUAGAAGUGUGACAGGUAUAACGAGGACACCCAGUAGCUCGCUUGCCUUUGUCAACUGGAGAAAAAAAACUAUCACAGAAGUCACAUCUUCAGGCCAGCUUCUCUCACAGUUUACCCAUGAUCAGUUAAAAGAACCUACAACCCUUGCUGUAAACUGUGAUGGAGAGAUUCUAGUUGCAGAUAAUGCGGCCAACUCAAUCUUUGUCUUCCUACCUGGAGGGAAAUUGGUGAGAAGAUGGGGGGUUAAAGGAAACAAACCAGGCCAGUUGGGAUCAAUAGCUGCAUUAUGUACUGGACCAGAGAAUGAAGUAAUUGUUGCAGAUUCAAGAAUACAAGUGUUCUCACCAGAAGGGCAGUAUGUACGCACCAUAUUUGAAACUAAAGGUAAAGGACCAAAGGGGACUUAUGGAGGCCUAUUCCUUGACCCUAAGGGCUUAUUGCUUGCCACCAGACAAGAACGCAAUAACUCCUGCAUCCAGGUAUUUGACUACAUUCUUGGAACUUUAAUAUUUACAAUAGACUCUAGAGAAGCAAAAUUAAAGCGGCCAUCAGGAUUAGCCACAACUCAGGAUGGUUAUGUGAUAAUUGUUGACCUUGGCAAUGAUUGUGUCAAGAAAUUCCGGUACAUGUAGAAAUGGAUUUAUAAUGCAUUGAGUACAUGUAUGUAAAAUCAAUUAAUUGGCUUUGUUUUUCUUUAAAGAAUGUUAAUGAUAACUAUCCAUGUAAAGAAUUGAUUGAAAAAAAAGUCGGCUUAUUAACUCCAAAACAGAUGUUAUAUUUGAUUAUUUCAUAUCACUAUUCUUGAACAAUGAGAUUUAGUAAGGAUUAUCUUGGCAAGAGUUGGAUUUCAUUGGUUUUAUGAUGAAGGCAUUGUUUUGUGAUAUUAACUUUAUUUCCUCAUUUGGUUGGUACUGAAUCAUAAUUUCAUCAUUAAAUUAUGUGCAGUAAUCAUAAAUGAUAAUGAUAGAGAUUAAGAUGGUAGUAGUACUAUCAUUCAUUCUUAUUUUUGUAUUAAGAGUGACAUUGUCAUAAUUGAUGUUGUUAUUUUUGUUAAAGAAACUUUGACCCACUUUUCAUAUUCACAGAUUUAAAUUUGGUUCAUGCUCUUGUUAUUUACACAUUUCAUUUAUAGUGAACUGAAAUUCAAAAGUACUUACAAGCUUUAGGAAACUGUGUUGACAAAAAGUACUUAAUAUUUACCACUGUACUUAUUGUAUAUGAAGCCAAGGUUGUGGACCAGCACUGUAUAGCAUUUUUUAAAAGUCAUUGGAGACUAGAAUAUAGAAAAAGGACUAGUAAGCUACUGAAAGUGCAAUGGGAUCAUUAUCCUCUUUUUAAUUUGUGUAUGUACUUAGGAUUUUUUACAUGUACAAGGAUAUGAACAGAAAUUUUUGUCAGAUUUUCAGAAAUAUUUUGUAGUUGAUUUUGAAUGAGAUUUUUCUGUACAGUGGUCAUCAGAAAAGGAACAUAUACACUAGAUACUUUUUAUUAUAUAUUACAUUUUUAUUAAUAUAAUGUUACAUAUAAUACAAUACACACACAUGCGCAUAACAGUAUGUGAUCAAUGAAAUAUUGAUGUUUAACCUCUCUGCAUGGGCUAGAGUUAAUUGUGCUAUACUCACAGAUGGGCAUAUUCUUAAAAAAAUCUAGAAAAAAAAUGUUUUGCCUUAUCAAAAUAGUAAUGGUAUAAUAAAAAAUAAAUAAAAUGUAUGAAUUUUGCUAGAAUUCAGCUUCCAGGUGACUGUGAGCAGCCAUGAAAAUGUCAGCAGGCACACUAACUCAUCCCUGAGUACCAAGUGGUUGACUGUGAAGAGAUAAGGUAUGGCAGAGAGUACCCAUGCACACUAUCUGACAAUUUUCCCAGCUGUCAAUUCAGAUAUGUCCAGGAAACUGUAAAAUGUUUUAAAAGGAGAUUCAUCAUUGCCUACUUGCACGUUUUAAAAUGUAGGGAUUUAGGGAUGCCACUUACAUAGUUACAUACAUCAUGUAAUGCUGGUUUAAGAGAGACCAAUUUCAGAGACCAAUUUCAUAUGAAAGACCAAUUUGUGAGAUAAGGCCAUUGCAUAUUAUCUGUCUAAAGAAUACUUAACAAACAUUGAGUAGUGAAACCAACAUUUUUCUGAAAUAGUGAAAGCUUUUAAAUUACCUAACAUUUGCAGAAGAGCUUUUCAUUUUAUUUUGCAUGUUUGGCAACUUAAUACUUUGUCUGUAGCUAAAGCUCAGUAGUGUUGAAGAAAGUUGGCUAUUUGUUUGAUAAUCCAUUACAAGAAGUUCUCUUUAAGAACGACAUUAGUCAGUAACUUAUGACUGUCAUUAGAAAUAGAAAAUAAAAUUGUUCUGUGAGAGCAUCUUUAAUAUCUCAGGUUUAAUAUUAUGCAUAUCAAGGUUGCCCAUUGCAAAGAAAGCCUGUUGUGCUUUCUUUGUUGUUAAACACAGAAGCCUAUGAUCAAAUAUAAGAAAUGUAGGAUUUUAAUACUUUUUUCCUUGAGAGUCAAAUCUCUGUGUAUUCAUGUUUUUAAUGCUUUAGGAAAGAAAGACUGAGUCUUACAUAAAUGGGCAGUUUCCCAAAUUCCUAGAAAAUUCCUAGUAUAUGUAAACUAGAUGAAGUGUUCACAUUGUAAGCAGACCACCUACAGAAUUUCUACCCAAUAUCUCACCAUUAUUCAUAUGUUCCCAAGAUUGUACUUACAGAAAGGUCAUGGCAUGGUGUAUUCCAUGAAGGUGAUAAAGCUGUGUGGAUGAUAAUGAAUACAAGUCAAGCUAGCACUGCAGUACCGUUUUUUCUGUUUUAGAUAGUACCUACCUUGGUACUCCUAAGUUAUUUGGUUUAGUCAUUACAUUAUUAGUAUUC